AUAAGUGUUUGUUCUUCCUCUCAGAAAAAAGUAUUUGUUCUUAGAUACCACCAAUAUACUAGUAGUAUAUUUUUUUAUCGAGAGCAUAGCAAUAUAUUCUAUUAUUAGUCAACGAAUAUUUAAUCAAAUUCUACAAUUAACCCAUAAAAUACUCUAGAAACUCGAUAGAACAAUAGUAUUAUUUUGAUUUUUGAUGAGUCUCUAUGUAACAGUAUUGAUAGGCAUGUUUAAAGGGCCAAGCAGAGACCAUAGAUUUUUCCGCGUUGACUUUGGCUAAACACAAUCAUGUUCAAGUCUCAAUAUCUUUCCUUCCAAUACCUAAUCAUCAUCCUCCUCCUCUCAAUACUGUUCAUUCACUUCUCUCAAGCUGACGUUGGCACUGCUUCCCAUUACAGCCCUCCCUUUUUACCGACGGCGUGUUUUGGGGGAGAUGCGUCACAAUUUCCAUCGAGCAACAUGUUUGGUUCAGCUGGAGAAGGCAUAUGGGACAAUGGUGCAGCGUGUGGGAGGUUGUAUGAGGUGAGAUGUAUAAGUGCAGCUGUUCCUAGGACUUGUAUUCCUGGUCAAACCAUUCAGAUUAAGAUUGUUGAUAGAGCACAAUCUUCUGUUUCUAGGCCUUCAUCGGAUGAUACUUCCAUGGUUCUUUCCACCACUGCCUUUCAGAUCAUUGCAAAUGUUUCUUCAUCUUUGAUUAACAUUGAAUUCCAACAGGUUUGAAAAUUUGAAAUAGGCAAUGAACUUAGAUGGCGGCAUUAAGAAUUGGAGCGUGACAAGUUUUUUGCUCUGAAACUUAUUUAAAUGGUGAUAACUCGCUGCAGAGGAACUUAGAUGAGUAGUAUUUGUAUGUCAUAUUCUAUAACUUAAUAGUACUAUGUUCGUAUAAGUUCUAUCAAUUCAAAAUUGUCCAUCAGCUAAUGCUAUUAUUACUGCAUGUAUGUUUCGAUUCUUGUUUGAAAACAUCAAGUUAGGUUGACUCCACAGUUCAAUUA